AUGGCUAGCGGUAGCAGAAACUCCUCAAUUUCACCUCUGAGAAAUCACGAUUAUGAUGUGUUUGUGAGCUUCAGAGGUGAAGAUACUCGCAACAAUUUCACUGAUUUUCUUUUCCAAGCCCUCCAAACACAAGGCAUUUUUGCAUUUAGGGAUUCCACUAAUCUUCCAAAAGGUGAAUCCAUAGCACCCGGGCUCCUUCAUGCAAUCCAACACUCUCAGAUUUUCGUUGUCGUCUUCUCAAUGAACUAUGCUUCCUCAACUUGGUGCUUGCAAGAAUUGGAUAAAAUAUGCGAAUGCGUUCAAGUGUCUGGAAAACAUGUUCUUCCUGUUUUCUAUGAUGUUGAUCCUUCUGAGGUCAGACAUCAAAAAGGAAGCUAUGGUGAAGCCUUUUCCAAACAUGAACACAGACUCCAACAUGACUCUCAGAUGGUCUCAAGAUGGAGAGAAGCUCUAACAAAAGUUGCAAAUCUCUCUGGAUGGGAUCUGCGUCAUAAGCCACAAUCUGCCGCGAUUAAAGAGAUUGUUCAAAAGAUAAUUCAUAUACUGGAUUGCAAAUCUUCAUGUGUUUCAAAUGAUUUAGUUGGUAUAUAUUCUCCUAUCCAAGAAUUAGAAAAGCUUUUACUUUUCGACUCCGUUGAUGAUGUUCGUGCGAUAGGAAUUUGCGGGAUGGGAGGAAUAGGGAAGACAACUCUUGCUACUGUUUUAUAUGAUCGAAUCUCUCAACAAUUCGCUGCAUGUUGUUUUAUUGAUGAUGUAAGCAAAAUUUAUAGAUUGCAUGAUGGUCCACUCGGUGUACAAAAGCAAAUUCUAGAUCAAACUCUCGGCCAAGAGCACCAUCAGAUAUGCAACCAUUACAAUGCAACUAAUCUGAUACGACGCAGGCUAUGUCGUCAAAGGACUCUUGUGAUACUUGAUAAUGUUGAUCAUAUUGCACAAUUAGAAAAAAUAGCUGUGCAUCGUGAAUGGUUAGGUGCCGGUAGUAGAAUCAUCAUCAUUUCUAGAGAUACACAUAUAUUAAAACAGUAUGGGGUGGAUGCAGUUUACAAAGUUCCACUCUUGAAUCAGACCGACUCUUCUCAAUUAUUUAGUCGAAAAGCUUUCAAACUUGAUCAUAUUAUGAGUAGUUAUGAUAAGUUGGCAUUUAACAUACUAAGGUAUGCUAAUGGCCUACCACUAGCCAUUAAAGUAUUUGGUUCAUUUUUGUUUGGCCGAGAUAUAUCUGAAUGGAAAAGUGCAUUGGAUAGUUUGAGAGAAAAUCCAGACAAAGAUGUCAUGGAUGUGCUGCGACUAAGUUUUGAUGGGCUAAGGGAAACAGAAAAGGAAAUAUUUCUCCAUAUUGCUUGUUUUUUCAAUCGGAAUUUUGAGAAAUAUGUUAAAAAUGUUUUAAAUUGUUGUGGGUUUCAUGUUGAUAUUGGGUUAGGAGUCCUCAUUGAUAAAUCAUUUAUAAACAUUAAAGAUGAAGUGAUUGUAAUGCAUGUUUUGUUGGAAGAGCUAGGCAAAAAAAUUGUUCAAGAAAAUUCAAGCAAAGAACCAAGAAAGUGGACAAGGUUGUGGUUUGGAGAACAACUUUAUGAUGUUAUAUCGAACAACAUGGAAAAGAAGGUUAAAGCCAUAGUUUUCGAUGAUUAUGGCUAUGAAGAUAUAGAUGCAGCGAUAUUCAAAGACUUUUCCAAUCUUAGAUUGCUCAUCUUCAAGCAUGUCAAUGUGUCGGGAAGCCUCAAUUAUCUUUCUAACGAAUUGAGAUAUAUUGAGUGGCGCAGAUAUCCUUUCAUGUAUUUGCCAUCAAGUUUUCAGCCCAAUCAACUUGUUGCGCUGAUAUUGAAGUAUAGCAGCAUCAAACAACUCUGGGAAGAAAAGAAGUAUCUGCCCAAAUUGAGAAUUUUGAAUCUGAGCAACUCCACAAAUCUAAUAAAGAUGCCAGAUUUUGGAGAGUUUCCGAAUCUUGAGCGGCUAAAUCUGAAAGGAUGUAUAAAACUUGUGCAGUUGGAUACAUCUAUUGGACUUCUAAGAAAGAUUGUUUACUUGAAUUUAAAAAAUUGCAAAAGUCUAGUAAACAUACCCAACAACAUAUUUGGUCUCAGCUCUCUUUUAGUUCUAAAAAUGCCGGGGUGUUCCAGAAGUUGUUUGAAAGAGUUUAACAAUACAAGGCAUUUGGAUAUAAGUGAAACUGCUUCACAUUCCCAUUCCUUGUUACCCUCUCCGACAACAAAAACAAUGGUGUUUCCUUACUUCCUUAGUUUAUAUUGUUUGCUUGAAGUUGAUAUUAGCUAUUGUGGAUUAAGCGAAGUCCCUGAGGCUAUUGGAUGUCUACGUUGUUUAGAAAUUUUAGAGCUCGGGGGGAACAAUUUUGUGACACUUCCUAGCCUUAGGGAGCUUUCCAAACUUGUAAUUUUGAACUUGGAGAAUUGCAAGUGUUUGGAAUCUUUGCCUGAGCUUCCUUUUCCUACUACUAUGGAGCAGGAUUUUCGAAAGAAUAGAUAUUGGAGGGGAACAGGAUUGUUCAUUUUCAACUGUCCUAGAAUAAGUAAUAAGGAAAGAUGCAGUAGAAUGACAAUUUUAUGGAUGACACAAUUCAUUCAAGUGAACAAAGAAUACCAUGCCUUGUCUGAUGUUGGUAUUGUCAUUCCAGGAAGUGAAAUACCAAGUUGGUUCAACAAUCAGAGCGUUGGUAGUUCAAUUCCCGUAUCUCCUUUUAUGCAGGACAAGGGCAAUAAUGUCGUUGGCAUUUUAUGUUGUACAGUAUUUUCUUUAGCACCUUAUCCUCCAACAAUAAUGACAAGAAGUUCUGAAUGGGAACCUCGGGUACAUAUUACACUGUAUGCACCGUUAAGAACCACUAAAUAUCUUCCGGUAAUUGCCGAUGGAGAUCUUUUUACUGUCAAAUUAAAUCACAUAUGGCUAAUCUAUUUCCCUUGGGAGCCGUCCUAUAAUGAUCUGUAUGAUGGCUUCCUUGUUGAUGGAGGCUUGCAUGUGGUGGUGAAAAAAUGCGGGUAUCGUUGGGUAUAUGAACAAGAUCUACAAGAGUUUAACUCAACAACAAUCUUAGCUCUAAAGCGCAAGUUUUGGGAAAUUCAAGAUGAGGCACAACCACAUCCACGGCUACACAUUCAUAAGAUGAAAUAA